AUGGGCGAUGAAUUCUUUGCAGGAAAGGCAGGUCCAGCGGUGACCUCUGCAGCUGCUGCCGCGGCCGCGAACGCGGCCAGAAGCACAAACAUGAUACCAGGGCCACCACAAGCCCUGAACUUGAGCGAUGUCCACUCUCCCAUGAAGGUCCCCGUCCCAGAUCCCAAGAGAAAGGGUGGAGGGCGGGGGGGCAGGACUCCUCAGCGGAAGGCAGCCCCGCAUGCACCACCCACACAAAACUACGACCCUGCGGCGCUGGCAGGGUUCGGUGCGUACCCGCCUUACGGCAUGGCCCCACCUCCAUAUCCGCCUGCCGCAGGGCCUUGCCCGAUGCCCCCGCCACCCAUGCCGAUGUACCCCAUGAUGCCCUUCAUGUACCCAAGCAUGUACCCAGGCAUGGGUGCCCCGCCUCCGCCCACGGACUCCCAGAAGGGUCGAGGCAAGGGCAAGCAGAAGGACACAAAGGACAAGAAGCGGACCCGUGGAGGCAACAAGGGCCGCCAAGAGCCGAGCCCUCCACAAAUGGAGGGCUCCUUAAACUGCAGUCCGGAACUCUUGAUGGUCAGAAAUGCCCAAGGAAAUUCCGCCAAGACCAAGCUUACAUUGCAGGAGGCACUGCCAAACCUGCUGGAGUUUGCACAAGACCAGCAUGGGAGCCGCUUUUUGCAGAACAAACUUGACGAAGCCAGUCCAGAAGAUAGACAGUUGGUGUUCGCCGGAAUAUGUGCAGAAGACGCUGAUCCGGAUGCUGUAUCACUGGCCAAAGAUGUCAGUGGCAACUUCGUGGUGCAGAAGCUCUUUGAUGUAGGAGAUCCAGACCAGAAGAAGCUUCUUUGCGAGAAACUGCAGCCCGAAAUUCCAAGUCUAUCAAAAGAUAAUUACGGCUGCCGAGUGGUGCAGAAGGCGAUCGGGGCCGUGUCCAAGGACUUGCAGGUGUUCUUGGCUUCGUCACUGCAGAACAAUGUUGCAGACUGCAUCGUCAACAUGCAUGGAAACCAUGUGAUUCAAAAGUGCAUUGAACAGAUGCCGCCUGAUUCCGUCAGCUUCAUCAUCCACGCUGUGGAACACGACAUCACGAGCCUGGCGUCACAUAUAUACGGCUGCCGAGUUAUCCAGCGUCUCCUAGAGCACUGUGGAGCAGCCCAGCUCACGGAGAUGCUCGAGCGAAUCCUCGUCAAUGCUCAGGCCCUGGCAAGGAACCAGUUUGGCAACUAUGUGGUGCAGCACAUGCUGGAGCAUGGGCGACUUCAGGACAAAGAGGCCAUCAUUGGCAUAGUAAAGCGGAAUAUCAUGGAGUUUUCCACCGACAAGCAUUCGAGCAAUGUGGUGGAGAAAUGCUUUGAGAUCGCUACUAUUGGAGAGCAUGCCUCCCAGCUGGAAGCGGAGAGGGCCCAGCUCAUUGAUGCAGUGCUUGGUGUCGGAGACACAACCAGUCCCCUGUGCGAAAUGAUGACGCAUCGAGCGCAUCUUCAGAACCUUGAAUGCGCUUCCUAUGGAUUAUCGGUCCAAUCAGCAUGGAAUGCAUAUCAUGAACGCCCUGCAGAAGGGAUUCAGGGAGUUCACGCCGGAUCAAGCCAGUGGCAGCUAAAUGCUGGAGAGAUUGAACAUUUCUGGGCACCCUCGAGCUUGCAACUGCCUUUGGUGUACAGUACCUACUACAGACAGCGGUUGGGAUCAGGCAGAGCGAUACUUCGCACUGGGCCAGGGGCCGUGCAAUCAGUUAGGAGACCGAGUUUUGUGGAGGGAUGGUUUCGAUCCCGGAUGGUUUCGAUUCCGGAGCAUCAUCUGACUGCAGUGCGAAUCGACAAAUUUGAGUUUGCCGAAAGAACGUCCCGAUCAUCCCGCCAGAGUUUUCAACCAUAUGUAGAGCCCGUGUUUCCAGCGCAAGGCGCCUUCAGCAGUGCUAGGCUGCACCCAACAAGCCUGCACAAGACAAGCUGUGUGUGCGUGACGAGCUCGCCCGUAUGUCGGGCGGCGGGGCGGCGGGCCAUGGAGUGA